AUGCCAGAAUCGCUACUCUGGAUCAAUAAGGACGUUGCCUCAGAAGUUCUAUCUAGAAGUUCAAAGGCCGAAACCAGGAAGAUCCGGAAGCAUGUUCAACACGAGCGUCAAUUAAAAGCGAAAGCUGCCCAAGAGGUCACCUCAAAGCCCGUCAGUCCACCAAGAAAGACCAGUCGGAGCGAGAGAAGUAUCGUUCACUCGGAGCAGGCUCUGGAACAAAUCCCUCUUCGCCAACGUGGAUUGAAGCUUGACACCAACAUUGAAGGCUAUAAACAGUCCGAUGAAUAUCGGUCUUGUCAGCUGGCAGCGCUAUCGGCAUCUCUAUCUCCAACAACUCAAUCAACCCGGGUAUUGCACACAAUCACUUCUUUCCCAGGCCUUGACACAGCAGAACUGCGUAGCCUUGCCUUCUUCUGUCAACGGACCGCCCCUGAAUGGUCCGGCUGGCGAGAUGCCUCUUUCUGGAACAAGCUUAUUCUUCAGGCAUGUCAUCUAAACCGAUCCAUACUACACGGGGUAGUUGCACUUGGCGCACUCCACGAGUCUUCCGAGAUAGAUGGAGAGUCAGAUGAGAGAUCCAGCCUACAGGAUAUUGCACUCCACCAGAGCAGCAAAGCAUCGAGAUUGGCGGUUGAAACCGCUGUUUCGGACAUCUCGACCUUGAUAUCCUGCAUUAUAUUCAUCUGUAUGCAAAACCUACAGGAUAGCCACACGGCAUAUCAACUCUUAAAGACAGGCCACAGUCUUAUCAGUGAUAUUGACAGGCGAUUGCUUUCCGGUGAGCUGAUUCUCGCUGAAAGUGAGAAAACAGUCUUGAACAGCUUUCUCAGGCCAAUCAUUGAACGAUUACGAAUGAGAUUCUGCUGCAUUGUUGAUGUACCUUCGGCGCUUGCAAUUAGUGCGGCCUUAAGGAAAAGCAAAAUGGAAGUUCCACUCUCGUUACCGAGUAUACCGACUGUGUUCUCCAGUCUACUCGAGGCUCGCAACAAGUUGGAGUUGAUCAUUGAAUGGGCCCAGGAAAAUGUGGACCCUUCAAAGCUUUCUCUGCAAGGGCAUUCCCAGACGCAGAACCUGCUCUCCAUGUGGAUAGACGCUCUCGAUAGAAAUAGUGCGUCAACACUGGAACGCUACGACGCACUGAUCAGCUCCAAGAAACUUCUCAAAUCCGCUGCCCUCGUUGCAUCAAUUCUCAUUGACACACUGGGCACUCACUCCGAAUGCAAUUAUGACGACCAUGUUGACAAAUUUGCAGAGAUUAUUCAACUUUACAAGGUCGCCCUGGGGGACCAUUACCGUUCUCCAAGAAGAGUGUCAUUCGGUAUUGACUCCGGUGUGAUUGACACUCUCUCGUUUAUCGCUGGAAGAUGUCGAGAUCCGAUCAUUCGUCGGGAGGCGAUUGACUUGCUCAUUCAGACCAACAGGAUGGAGGGUGACCUUCAAGGCACAACUGGAAGCACCAUCCUCUCAAAACUGAUAGAGCUUGAGGAAGAAGGACUGGAUGUCUCCUGCGCAAGCGAUAUCCCAGAAACUUCACGGUUGCGUAUUUGGGAAGAUCAUCAGUAUUGGGACAAAGGCGAGAUUCAAAUUUUCUUCGUGCAUUGGCCGUAUGAACCAUCCCUGGGAGCAGAGAUCAAGCAGGUCAAAGUACAAUUACCCAUGAAAGCUUUACGGGGACCGAAAGAACUGGCUGCUCCAAACAGCCCCAUCGCGCAUCUACCAAAUGUGAAGUAUGGUCGUGGUGUUGGGGCAUUUUUGGAUGAGAGCACCCAGACUUACCAUCAGAUCACCCUGUCUUCAUUCUUUAUGCCGAUGCCAAGGCUAUGA